UACUAUCUGUCAAAUGUAUGUCUGUAUGUGCCGGAGGCCAAAAUUACGAUUUAGUCUAAUGUUUAAUUGUACUAUUUUUCAAAUCGAUCCCUAGCCAUAACACGGAACGGAACGACACACAGGUGCCAACGUAGUUUUCUUAAAACUGGUUUCGCUUUGAAGAAGCAGCUGAACUCCUCACUAGUAAAAAAUGCUGUUUAGCUGUCAUAAACGAGAACUGUAUUUUCGCCUUGCGGGCCACCGUACAUACGUAAACUACGCCAUCUCCGUAUUCGUCGUAAACACAAACAUCGUAACGGCACUGAUGGUGUCCUGGAUAACUGCUACCUAGCCAACGUAGGUUUUUUUUGACUAUUCAACGCCCGUGCAUUUUACCACGUUGUUUUUAUAUUAGUUGGAUAGCUAGACUAUGGAGGAACCGUGGGACUUUGAGUUCCUUUCCCGUAUUGCUGACAGCUGCUUGUCGUUUCUUUCUGAAUUUGUGGACGACUGGCUCGCUAACGACAUGAGAGUCUCCAUAUUCAAGAUCUUACUAAGCUGGUUAAUUUUUAGUCUUAUCGCCAUUCAUUUCGCAUGGAAAAUAUACGGAAACACAGUAAACGACAUGUAUUAUCGACAAGGAGCUGGACAGAACGGGGGUACACCGGACACAGCUCCCCAUCUGAGUGGGUGGGAAAGCAAAGCAGGAGAUACUGGUAAGACUCAUCGGGACUAACAAGGACAACAUAGCUGGACUUUGGAUUUUACCCAAUUAUGGCUCCCGCUGCUUCAGUAGGUCCAUCUUGGCCAUCAGUACCACCACUCAGGAAAACUGGACCAUUGGGUGGGUGUCCCAGGCCUCUCAACUCCACUCCCACUCGCAGAGCCAGCUCCUGGUUUCGACCACCUUGGCCCUUUCCUGUCAACUCCACAGUUGGCUCACCUCCAGCUAGCAGACAUGUGGCACCCCAUCCUUCUUUACGCUCUUCACUCAAGACGUGCAUGGUACGGCACAGGUCCCAGCUCUCUACACCAACUUCAGGCCCCAGUUGCAGCAUCUGGGCAGCAAUCUCAGGAGGAGGUUCUUCAUGAGAACAGGCAAACCGGGCCAGGAGGCCAUAAAGUUUGGCGACUGAUUUUACAUCGCCACGUACUCCUAGUGACAAAACAACGGGGCGGAAGCCUAGCUCUCGGGCACGGCGACCUGCACACUUGAGGGCAACACUGUUGGAGCCAAUUACAGCAUUAAAAACAUGUUUUGACUUA